CCAAGGGCGAGGGGUGCUCUUUGACCCGCGCCCGGGGCGGAGGUGGUGGCCGCGGGGUCCCACUGAAUCCUCGCCGGAUUCCGGAGGGAGAGGGGCGCGCGGGGACGUGCACCAGCUGUUCCCAAAGAAGGCAGCCGAGGAGCCCGCCCGCGAGAAGGGGAGCCCGUCCGCGAGCCCCUUCCUCUCCAGCCCCGCGUCCGCCCCAGCCCGGGGCAGCGCGCGGAGGCAGCGCGGGGGACGCGCCGCCGAGGGCGCGCCGCCGAGGGCCGGACUUUGGGCCUCCCCAACUUCUCCCCACUGAGGGGGUCUGAAGCCAGCUGAGCGCGCGCGCUCUCUCUCCCUCUCCCUCCCUCUCCCUGUUUCUCUCCCCCUCCUGUCUCUUGCUCUCUCUCCUGACGGGUAGUUGGAUAAUAACAGCCAUUUUCCGUGCGUCAUGCUUUUCGCUACAUGCUCAGUGACUCUAAACAUGAUUCUAUGGAGAGGUGUAGUUUCUAGUUUGAAUGUACGUUUUUUUCUUUCUGUCCACUUUGAAAGACACGCACUUUGUAAAAACUAGAAUUGACGCUGACCCCGGACAUGAUGCAAACCAGGUCGUGGCCACAUUGUGAUCACAACCUGCGAUCCCCCUAGCCCAGUCGGAGGCGUUCCUAACGGACCUUUUGGAGAAAGUGUGUGAGCGAAUGAGCGACUACAAGCUCGAAGAAGACCCUGUGACGAAGGAGAGAACUUUCAAGAGAUUUGCUCCUAGGAAAGGAGACAAAAUAUACCAAGAAUUUAAAAAAUUCCAUUUUUAUUCUGAUGCUUACAGACCUUUGAAAUUUGCGUGUGAAACUAUAAUAGAAGCGUAUGAAGAUGAAAUAUCCUCACUUAUCGCCCACGAGGCACACUAUCUCGCUGACAAGCUGUGCAGUGAAAAAUCAGAUCUGUGUGAGGCUUCUACUAAUCACCCUGAGCUCCAGGAACGCCGUGCUGCUAGCUGUAGAGAGGAGUAGUCAUCACACCCCAAAGGUCAAUGUCUGCAUUUUGUGUUUGCACGUUGUCUUUCAUGACAAGAAACUUUGUCUCUUGUUUAUGCUGUGUUUGUCUCCAUUUAUGGUUUAUUUUGAAAAUCUGUUGUUUGACAUCAAGACAAACCGUGAGGUUUUUUUUUUUUGUAGGUAAAGCUGUGGAGUACAUAAACUUAAAUUAACCUUUGCAGAUUUUGAUAAAUCAAGCUUGACAAUAAAGCAUUUAAUUCUGUAUUGGGGAAAAUAGUGAAGACAUUUCGUAAACAAAAUAGGGAUUUCA